AGUAGAACAGGGACAGAGACAGAGCUGGCAAUCAUCUCGGUGCAGGCUGCUGAAUGUAGGGGGUGGGGGGGAUGCAGCAAAGCAAGAUUAAUAACCUUGCCAUAAUCCUGUGCACCCUGGAAGGAGAUACCUCUGGUGACUGGGCUGUUCUUGUCUUGAUUAAUUGGACUGAGUGAAUGAGUGGCUGGCAAUCCACCUGGUUUGCAGGCGACCCCCUGGUUUUGCUGCUCACUGAAUCCUCUACCCAUCUGGGAAGGUAACAGUGAGACGUACCAUCUGCAGCACACAGAGCAGCUAUUGGAGGCUACUACUGACAGUUUUGCACUACAGUUUUUUUUGGUGAGCAAGAAGCCAGGUAUAUUAUACAGUAGGAUAUUUCUGUGCUCACGCUACUGAAUUUCACAAUCUGGUCCUUCAGCAACCCCCUACACUCCCUUUUCCAUUUGCCUUUGAGUUUUGGGCUUACUUUUGGCAUAGACUCCUGGACGCAUUUUACUGGGGAUGGAAGAGCAGUAAAUGGAACCUCUGAAAACUAAUUGUUUUCCUUCUGUGUGACUUGAGAAAGAGAAAAGCAAAGAGUCAAAUCCAGCUGGAGGAAUUCAGAUUUCUUUCUGAGAAGUUUACAAAGGGACCACACAAAAGGUUUACUUAAAUUAAUGAAGAGUACCUCCCCCCCUUCCCCCAAAUGAACUUCUUUAUUGUGCAAAAUCACGUCUAUUGAUGCAGAAAGCAAAUGGGCGGAUGUUCUACUGGAUGUUAUGAACAACAUUUCUUGUUCUCAUGGAAUUACUUUCAAAAGGCGCACAAAUGUUGCAGUGACACGUAGAGAAAAUUAUCUUCCCAUGCUGAAAUUAUCAUCAGGAAAGGAAGGCAAAGGAAAUGCCAGCUGCUUAUUUUUUCGCCGGUGCUGAAAUUCUUCAUUUCAGUCAUACUGUUUGGUAGACUGUGGACAUGAUUUUUUAUGAAGCCUUUUACCUUCAGAGGCUCCCACAAAGCUUUGCACACCUAUGGACUGGAGAUAUACAGGAUCUGAGAUGGGGAUCCCUCUGGAUUGUAGAGAAAUACGAAAGCAUAUCCCAAGAACUGGAUUUUAUGGAUCAAAUCUAGUACAAGAAGGUUUUUACCCUCUUCAUCACCAGAAAUAGUGCCCUUAACAAGAAACUCCUCCCUAAAUCUUUAAGAAGGGGUCAGAUUCAAUAAGGCAGGGUAACCAGUGUGCAGAGAAAUCAAAUAACCAAUAUUGAGAUCAUGCAAAGACUUUGGAAAUACCACCUCAGUGAGUCCUGUCUGUAAUGCUUUUGAUGUCCUUGUCACUGGCCACAGUCCUGCAAGCAUUGAUGGCUAUUCAAACUGCAGAAGGACCAACACCAAAUAAAUUAUGAAUGUUGAACAAGAUGACCUUACAUCCACAGCAGAUAAUGAUAGGUCCUAGGUUUAACAGGGCCCUAUUUGACCCCCUGCUCGUGGUGCUGUUGGCUCUUCAGCUUCUUGUGGUUGCUGGUCUAGUGAGGGCUCAAACUUGCCCUUCUGUCUGCUCCUGCAGCAACCAAUUCAGUAAAGUUAUUUGUGUACGGAAAAAUCUGAGAGACGUGCCAGACGGCAUCUCCACCAACACGCGGUUACUCAAUCUCCAUGAGAACCAGAUCCAAAUCAUUAAAGUUAAUAGCUUCAAGCAUCUGAGGCACCUAGAAAUCUUGCAGCUCAGCAGGAAUCACAUCAGAACAAUUGAAAUAGGGGCUUUUAAUGGUCUGGCCAACCUCAACACUUUGGAACUCUUUGACAAUCGUCUGACUACUAUCCCAAAUGGGGCUUUUGUAUACCUGUCAAAACUGAAGGAACUGUGGCUGAGAAACAAUCCCAUUGAAAGUAUCCCUUCUUAUGCUUUUAACAGAAUCCCUUCUCUCCGGAGGCUGGAUCUGGGGGAACUGAAAAGGCUUUCAUACAUCUCAGAAGGUGCCUUUGAAGGUCUGUCAAACUUGAGGUAUUUGAACCUUGCCAUGUGCAAUCUUCGAGAGAUACCUAACCUCACCCCACUUGUAAAACUGGAUGAAUUAGAUCUUUCUGGGAAUCACUUGACUGCCAUCCGGCCAGGUUCUUUCCAAGGGUUAAUGCAUCUUCAGAAAUUGUGGAUGAUACAGUCCCAGAUUCAAGUGAUAGAAAGGAAUGCUUUUGAUAAUCUUCAGUCACUUGUAGAGAUCAAUCUGGCACACAACAAUCUGACACUGUUGCCUCAUGACCUGUUCACACCACUCCGCCUAGAAAGGAUUCACUUGCAUCACAAUCCUUGGAACUGCAACUGUGAUAUCCUUUGGCUCAGCUGGUGGAUCAAAGACAAGGCACCCUCUAAUACUGCAUGCUGUGCCCGUUGCCACACACCUCCCAGUUUAAAAGGAAGGUAUAUUGGUGAGCUGGACCUGAAUUACUUCACAUGUUAUGCUCCAGUCAUAGUGGAACCACCGGCAGACCUCAACGUCACAGAAGGCAUGGCUGCAGAGAUGAAAUGCCGGGCAUCAACCUCCCUGACCUCUGUAUCUUGGAUUACUCCAAAUGGAUCUGUUAUGACGCAUGGGGCAUACAGAGUUCGGAUUGCUGUGCUUAGUGAUGGCACAUUAAAUUUUACAAGGGUAACUGUGCAAGACACGGGUUUGUAUACAUGCAUGGUGAGUAAUUCUGUUGGGAAUACUACAGCUUCUGCCACACUGAAUGUGACUGCCCUGGAUAACCCUGGUUACACAUACUUUUCAACUGUCACAGUAGAGACUGUGGAACCUUCUCAGGAUGAGGCACAGACAACAGAGCAGGUUGGGCCCACACCUGUUACCAGCUGGGAGACCACUAACAUGACAACCUCACUCACUCCACAGAGCACAAGAUCAACAGAAAAAACGUUCACCAUUCCUGUGACAGACGCAAACAAUGGGAUCCCGGGAAUAGAUGAGGUUAUGAAGACUACCAAAAUCAUAAUUGGUUGUUUUGUGGCUAUCACUCUCAUGGCUGCUGUGAUGCUAGUAAUUUUCUACAAAAUGAGGAAACAGCAUCACCGGCAGAACCAUCAUGCUCCAACGCGGACUGUAGAGAUCAUUAAUGUGGAUGAUGAGCUUACAGGUGACACGCCCAUAGAGAGUCACUUGCCCAUGCCAGCAAUAGAGCAUGAGCACCUAAAUCACUAUAACUCUUAUAAGUCUCCUUUCAACCACACAACAACAGUUAACACAAUAAAUUCAAUACACAGUUCAGUGCAUGAACCGUUAUUGAUCCGAAUGAACUCAAAAGACAAUGUACAAGAGACUCAAAUCUAAAACAUUUAUGACAUUAAGUGUUGGGGACAACAAAAGAUGGUUUAUAAAUCAAAUGACACAAAUGACUGGGCUAAAUCUACUGUUUCAAAAAAGUGUCUUUACAAAGAAAAGGAAAUUUAUUUAUUAAAAAUUCUAUUGUGAUCUAAAGCAGACAAAAUUAUGUGUAUUCCUCAGAACCUGUUUUUGCUGCACUUAUUUACGCUCCUCAUCCCCUUUUUGCUUCCCAACCUACCCCGGUUCCCAGUUGCCAUAUUUUUCAUAGGAGAUCUUGAUUCCCUAAAAGAACUAGUCUAGGAAAUUUUGUAAGAAUUCUGUUACACUUUGGGAAUUUUUAUGGUGAAUUCUAAUGGUGAGAUUUGAUUUAUUUUGUCACUGUUUCUCUUUUUUUCUUUUGUUUUCUCAUGCCCUUUUUGAAAUUCUUCAAUAGAGAAUGGAAUAAUAACAGCAAUUUUACAAGUGAGAAAAGAAAACAAGUAAAACUUUUUUUCCAUGUAAUAAUUUGCUCUGUAUUUACUGAAAACACCAUUCUGUGAAAAAAAUAGAAGACAUAUUAAAAAAAAAACCCAUCAAAACCCAAGAAAUCAGUUUAAUUGUGAAAACCAACACACUCAUGAUCUUUUAAACAAUUCUAGGACCAGAAUUUGUAGUUCAAACACUAAAAUAAGAUUAUAAAUAAAAUAUUGUGGUUUUUUUUCUGUACUUGCAUAUAGCUCAUUUUUAGUGUGGUUUUAAACAUCAAAAGUUUGAUAUAAUCCUUAUGAUAUUCUGCUAUUAUGGCCCAAAACAUAAUCACUUUAAAGAGAGUAAUUAAACCAUUUUGAAUCAUUACUGAAGAAUAGCAUAGUUUGAAUUUUAAUUUAUGUAAGCAACAUACUCGCAAACAAGGCUCUUUGACAUUUAAUGCAAGAUUAAAAUCAUUCCUUCUAAUGAUGUUUUCAAAUAACUCUAUUAUAUCUCCAGACGUAUUUCACAAUGCCAGGAAAAGCUUUGCAAGGAGUUUCAGUCGUCACUGAAUUUAUUAGACAGAGCCAAAAAGUUUGUUCUGUGUUUUGUUAUUUAUAACUGUCAAUAAGAAAAUUCAUCUUUGUAUCAAAGUCAGUGGUUUCCAGUUCAGUUGUGCUGGUAUUCCUAGACAUACGUAUGAAAUAUAUUUAGCUAUCUAUAUCUAUGACCAGAGCUCUAUCCCUAUGAGCAAAAUGAAAUCAAAAUGCUGUUAAUGGAGUAACUCACAGGAAGAAGUCCAAGGAUUUUAGUUUAAAAAAAAACAAAACAAAAAAAAAAACCAGAAAGAAUGAUCAGCCAAAUCAGAGGAGAGUAUAGGCUGCUGUAAUUUGCACGACAGAUAGACUUCAUGAAGAGUAACCAGUUUACAUUAUUUUAAACUCAUAUUCAGUUAUCAAUAAGAAAUGUACACUCUUUUCCUUUUUAUCUAUAUGCAUUCUCUGGAUUUAGCUUAUUUGUAUAGAAAUGGUGUAUACCUAGCAUGCUGAAAGCUAAAAGAAAGGCUUUGCAUAAGAAGACCAGUUUCAGGACGCUGUGUUCUUCCAGGUGGAAGUUCUGCCAAAUUAAACUACUUUAUGCAUUGGCAACUGAACAGAAGCAUUCUAAAAUAUUUAGGUCAGGAAAAAUUAUCACAUGUAUAAUCUCUGAAUGUAUUUUUGCCUGUUUCCUUCCUUAAUCAUUCUUACUGUGAGUUUUUCAGGGUCCUGUGCCAGGUAAAUAAUGUUCUUAGUUCAUAUCAGAAUCUCUCAGGAGAUUUCUAGUAUCCAGUAGCGUGCAGGAUGAAGAUCCUGCUGAAGAGUAUACUUUUGUUAAUUUAACAAGGAAUGCACAGUUCUAAAGGUUGCAAAUGGAUAUCAUAUUAAGAAGGCCUGAUUUAAAGAGAGCACAGUGGACAUAGGUGAUGAAAUAACACGUUGUGCAAGAAGUCUGAUAAUUAUAAUACAGAAUCAAACCCAGAGUUUUAUAAUUAUAAUGUCAAAGAAACAUUUGAGAAGACAUUGUCCUUUGAUGUGCCACAUGAACAAGGGUAUUUUAAUACAUGACAAAGAUGUUCUGAAUGGAGAACAUUGCAGUUGUGAUUCCUAGUUUUGUUUUUUUCUUCAAAAUGCACUAGAGCAUUUCACUGGUGAUUUCUUUUGAGAAUUGUAAUACUGAAUGUACAGAAACACUGCAAUUAUACAUUGCUAUUUCUUACCGAAUGUUAAUGCAGUUUUAUUGACUAAUCAGAAAUAUCAGAUAUUUCUGCUUGCUCAUAAUAAGCAUAAAGUAAAAACAUUUUGGUGUGUUUGUUUGGGUGAGUAUAUAUGUUUUAUAUGGAAAUUAUAUUAGUUAUGAUUUUCCCAGCAUUUUCCCUACCCUUCUUGGAACUACAGAGAUUAUUUCUGACUCCUUCCUCCUCUAUAAAACACCCAGCACUUUUGCAGAUUAAUUAAAUACCACAGUUAAAGAACAUUACAGUUUAAAUUAUGAACUGAGCUCUGCAAUAAAGAGAGAGGAGUGCUGUGCUCUCCUGCUUUUGCUGCUGAAAUCACAUGCCAAUACAGUCUGUUACUGCUCCAGAAACAACAGUAUUAAGAAUGAAGCCUAGGUUUCAUAAAUUGUUGAGCACAUCUGAUAGAAAGCUCUAAAUAAAUUUUUCUUGCAGGUGACCAUACCUGGUGUGUGAUAUAAAAAAACUCUGGAAAAAAAAUGUGAUCUUGAUUAUGAGCUAUCACUUUCUAGUGGGCCUAUGAGAAAGGAUUAAUUAUUCUUCAGUUCAUUUGAUGGAAUCUGAACUUGUUUGGCUGUUGUCCUGUACAAAUACAAAGUGCAAACAAUUUUCUUACUGGUAUUGUCAUCAAGUGUUAUAAAGCUUGCCAUAUGCAGAAAUACCAAGUGAGUUCCAUUCAAUUUACCAUACGAGAUGGACAUUUUAUUUUACUUUGAACAGGGCUAGAUAUAUGAAAAUUAUGACAGUAAUUGUAUUUCUUUGCUAGAAUAUUCUAAUGUAUUAAAACCUAUGUGUAAUUAUUUCAAGAUUCCCUGUCCCCACUGAUGCCGUUAUAGGAUGACCACAGCAUUAGAGAAAAGAAAACUAAAUUAAUAUUGUAUUUAGUUGUACUAACUUUAUAGUCUUUUGAAAAUAUUUUAUAUCUCAAUUUUGACCAUUACUGUAGUCUUUUCAAUGUGGAUAAUGGAAAAUCCUUUCAACCUAUUCACCCUUCUCUGAAGUCUCUAUUCCAUUUAGAUAUUAGGUAAAUACAUAUUUUUAAAAAAUUUUCACCUCUUUUUAAAGGUCUAGGAGGUGAAAGUUUAGGAAAUGUUAGGAGCUAUCUUGCAAUUUCAUACCAAAAAAAGCAAAUGAAGAAAUAAUUAUCUUCAAGAUAUAAUAAAUAGUUAGAUAUCAUUGUCUAGGUUUCUGUUUUUUCCUAGCAGAACUAUUUAAUGCCUCUUUUUCUUAUUUUGCAGGUAUUGACAAAAAAAACCCAAAAACAGGCCACGUUUCAAACUUGUGUCUGAAAUUGACUCUACAGUUAGUCUGAAGGUAGCGGCAGACAUUUUAUUGUGGAGAUAGUAUUGUAUACUAUUAUUGUAGAAAACUAAUACCCACAGUGAUCCCUGAAAUAGCAAGGGUGCAUGAGCAGGGCAUGGUCUUGAGGAGACUCUGGGAAACGUAGACAGUAAAUCUGCAAUUUCUAUUGGCCUUGCAGCCGCACUUUAUAGUGGUGCCCCAUGGAAACUGUGAAUGUGUGUAAUUUGCAGCUGGAAGAGCACAGCAGAGCAGAAGAGCUUUGGUUUAGGAACAACUUCAUUGGCUGCUCCACACUUUAGAGCUUAGAUGCAGGAAUAAUCAGGGUGUAAUAGCUCAGCUUCAGACAUGCAGUCUAUGACUAGAAGUGAGGGAAUAAUUUUUGGUUUUGUUUAUCACAUUCAAUCACAAGUGGGUUUUAAGGCUUAGUGCAUACUAAGCAAUUGAAAUCCUGAAGAAUAAAAAAUGUCACGGAUCUACAGUGUUUUACACAAAUGGCAAAGUCAUAUUUAGAAAAAAUACUAAUGAUAGUUUGAAGGAGCCUGAGAGUUUUUUCAGUAAUAAGAACUCUAUUAAGAUAAAUAAUAUCUGUACUUCAGUAGCUACAUGCUAUUUGCUACAAUAAGAGUAAGUAGUGAUUUUCUUAAGUGACAUCUGUUAAACAAAAUAUUGUGUUUGUUUUUUCUUGAUUUUAGUCUUUGCUUUCAUACCUUUAUGAAUUACACCUAGACUUUAAAUUGGAGUGCUCUCUAGAGGGCCAAAUCAGUGAACCCUGACUGAUUUUCAUAAGAGAAAAAUCUUUCCUAUACUGUAACUCCAGUGAGGUAUGGAAUUCUGGAAGGAGGAGGAGACACUGAAAAGAUGACCUCAUCAGGUGAUUUCACAGCUAUCUUUUUUAAAUAAGAAAGAGGGAAAAAAUGUCAGUAAUUUUUGAGAAUUUCAAAAUCCAAAUCUUAUAUGAAAAUAGAAAACCUCAGUAAAAACUAGAAGAAAUUAGAACAUUAUUUGCAUUAUUGAACAUGAAAACAAUAGUAAGAUGCAAUAAUUAAAGUGAGAAGUGGGAGUCAUACAUCCCAGAUAAUCUUUGCAUCUUCCAACAACAAAAAUUUCAAGCUAAAAAAUUUGAGUUACUUUUCUAUGUAUCAUUUGGCUUGUAAAAGGAUCCUGGCUGCCCUAUCCUUAGCAUUCUGUUAUCUUCUUAAAUUUUGCAGUACCCGUAUGAUGUAAUCUGGGCUUUCAGCUCUAGAACAGUUUCCCAGACAAAGCAUGCAAGGGAAUCCUCUGCUAAGUCACUCAAACUCCAUCUAUUGGAUGUUCAUGUUUAAUAUUCUCUGGGACUAUUUUUCAGUCUAAUUGAAAUGGCUUAUGAAGUGAAAUAUUCCUUAAUUUCUUUGAUCUUCUACUACAAUAGCAAUAUAUGCUUCAUAACCUAGUUUGGAGAAGAUAGUUUUGUAUGAGUGAAAAUUUUCAUCAAAUUUCAAAUAUAAAUUUGUGGCAUUUUAUUUUAGUAAAAACAUCUGAAUUCUGUUGAAUUGAAAAGUACUUCUGUUCCUUUCACAGUAGUUCACUCAAAUAAAACUAAAUUACCAACAAAACAAAACAAAAUUUAAAAAGAGAAACUACAUCUUGGAAUGCUAUGCAUGCACAUGUGUCUGUAUAUGUAUAUUAUUUUAAAAAUUAUUCUAUAUGUGAGACUAAAAGAAUAAAAGAAGAAAUGUAUAAAAAGGAGAAAGAUGGAAUAAAUGAGCUGAGAAAGAGUCUAGUAAAAUGGAACUGGAGUUAGUGGACCACAGAAUUAAUCCAACCCCUACAACUAAUUUAAUUCUGUAACAUAUAAUUCAAUUUGAUUUAAUUUGCUCAUUUAAUUCCUCAAAAGGACAGUUAGUUGCCUGAGCAAGGAGGUGGAAAUCUGAUUUCUGGUUUUUUUUGACAGUAACAUGAUAUCAAGCAGGCCUAGCUCUUCAACUAUAAUUUUCUGAAAGAGUCUUCUUGAGACACUUGUAUUUCCAGCCUGUCUUGGAACUGAAUUCCAGUGGUCAAUAGGACAAAAGACAGGUCAGUGUUUUGUUACCAAGUAGAGUCACUGCAUAUUUGAUUACUAGGUGUUUAAGUCCACUAACUCGUAAACAAAUAGUUCCAAUUUGAUACCACAAGGCGAUUUGAUAAAUCAUUUAUAUAUUGUUUAAUAUUGUAUAUAAGAUCAGGGUUGUUGAUCACCUGCCAUGUGUUAAUUAACUAUCUUUCUGGUUUAAAUAGCCUUUUAUUUUUUUUUUUCUUCUUGGAACAUACCUUUCUUUGUGAUGAAGCACUUAAUCACAGCUGAAGAAAAAAUAUUGAUGUCUUUGAGAAUUUAGAAUAUAAAAAGACUCCUGAUUGUAUAAAACUACAUUUUAAAAAAAAGCAAUAAAUAGCGAUGUUCUCACAUUCCUAGAAAGCAAAUGCCUAAGCAAAUAGUACUUCAAUACUUCCUCUCACUUCCCCCUCCUCCUUUUUUUUUUUUGGUUAAGAACAGUUUCUCUAUUUGACUUGGAAAAGUCAUCAAGCUCUUAUCAGAUUGAGUAAAGAAAUGGCACUGACAAGUUCCAUGGGUUUUGCUGAGACUUCCAUGACAGAGACUAUUUUGUGCUGCUGAUUUUUUUUUUUUUUAAUACAUUCUAUUGCUUAUGUCAGCAGUGUUUCUAUCAGGAUGGAUAUGAGUAAUUAUCGUUGGAAAUAUUGUUAACUCUUGUUCCAAAAUGGAGAAAUAUUGAUUCUGGGUGUUUAUCCUUCCAACUUCCUGCUGAUUUCUGACACUCCUUGAUUGGGGAAGCAAUCAAUUUUGUAUUGAAAGGGAAGCUUUGGCACACCUAACACAACAAUGAGAUAAUAAAGGGCUCAAUCAGGCAAAGAAGAAUAAAAUAAAAUGCAAUGGUAACGGGGAAAGAAGAGUCCCAAGAAGUUAACUAAGUCCUAAAAAGACUACUAUGCAGCAUUUUCUAUGGAUUUUAUUGUUUCAGAUCAGAGGCCUUUUUCCUUGUCUUUACAGUUUGUUUGGGGUUUUUUUUCUGUAUCUUCAGUUUUUAUACAAAGUAUUUUCUCCAAAGCUGAGCCAUUUUUAAUUAUAUAUUUUCUCCAUGAUACGCACUUGUAGCAUCUGAAUCUGCGUUGCUCUGCUAUGCAUCAUCCCUAACUUACCUAAGUAUCUGCUCUCAUUCACUAUCCUCGUACAUUUAUAUGCUUAUAUCUCUCUUUGUGUCUAAUUAGAUCAGUCCAUAAAGUCAUUAGAAUUGCAGAAUCACAGAAUCAUAGUAUGGUUUGGGUCAGAAGGGACCUUAAAGGUCAUCUAGUUCCAACUCUCCUGCCAUGGGCAGGGAUACCUCCACUAGACCAGGCUGCUCAAGGCUCCAUCCAAUCUGGCCUUGAACACUUUCAGGGAGGGGACAUCCACAACUACCCCAGGCAACCUGUUCCAGUGUUUCACCACCCUCAUGGUGAAGAAUUUCCUCCUAAUGUCUAAUCUAAUUCUUCUCCCUUCUAACCUCUAGCCAUUUUCCCUCACCCUAUCACUACAUGCUCUUGUUAACAGGCCCUCCCCAGCUUUCUCAUAGCCCCCUUCAGGUGCAGGAAGGAUGCUGUAAGGUCUCCCCAGAGCCUUCCCUUCUCCAGCCUGAAGAAGCCCAACUUUUUCAGGCUGUCCUCAUAGCAUAGGUGGUCCAGCUUUCUGAUCAUCUUUGCAGCCCUACUCUGGACUCAUACCGAGAGUUCCAUAUCCUCAGCCCAGAUUAUGUUUGGCCUUCUUGGCUGUGAGUACGCAUUGCUGGCUGAUGUCGAGCUUCUCAUCAAUCAGCACCCCCAAGUCUUUCUCUGCAGGACUGCCCUCAAUCACGUUGUUCCCCAGCCUGUAUUGAAACCAUGAAUUGCCCUGACCAGGUGUAGGACGUUACAUUUGGCCUUGUGGAAUCUCAUGAGGUUCACACAGGCCCAAUUCCCCUGCUUGUCCAGGUCUGUCUGGAUGACAUCCUGUCCUUUUUGCAUGACAACUGCAUCACUCAUCUUGGUGUCUUCUGCAGACUUGCUGAGGGUGCACUGAAUAUGGCUGCUAUAUCAUCAAUCAAAAUAUUAAACAACACUGGUCCCAGAGUGGACUCCUAAGGGACACCACUUGUCAUGAAUCUUCAUCUGGACAUCAAGCCGUUGACCACUACUUUCUGAAUGCGACCAUCCAACCAAUUCCUUAUCCAACGAAGAGUCUACCCAUCAAAUCCAUAUCUCUCUAGUUUAGAGAGAAGGAUGUUGUGGAGGACCAUGUCAAAGACUUUACAGAAGUCCAGAAAGAUUACAUCCAUUGCAUUUUGCAUGUCCACUGAUGUGAUCACCCCAUCACAGAAAGCCACAAAGUUGGUCAGGCAGGACUUGCCCUUGGCGAAGCCAUGCUAGCUGUCUCAAAUCACUUCCCUGUCCUCUAUGUGUUUUAGCAUAGCUUCUAGGAGGAUCUGUUCCAUGUUCUUCCCAGGCACAGAAGUGAGGCUGACAAGUCAGUGGUUCCCAGGGUGAUCUUUUCUACCCUUUUUAAAAAUGGGCGCAAUGUUUCCCUUCUUCCCGUCACCAGAGACUACUGACUGCCAUGACUUUUCAAAUAUCAUGGAGAGUGGCUUGGCAACCCCAACAGUCAAUUCCCUCAGGACUCUGAGAUGCAUCUCAUCAGGUCCCAUACAUUUAUGUUCCUUAGGUGACCAUGAAUCUGAUCUUCCCCUACAGUGGGAGGAGCUAUACUCCCUUGGUCAUUUCAUCCACACAGACAUGAGGUGUUGCUGAUUUAAGAAAGUGUGAAAGGGUAUGACUGUCCAGCACUUGUUUUAAGGCUUCACAGCAAAACACUGUAGACUCAAACUUUUUAGACUUUUGCAGCAAUUGGAGUUUGGCUGCAGAUAAUCAGCAGAACAGCCUGAGUGGUGUGAGUAUACCUUUUGUGUAUCUUAACAUGGAAAGAUGUUAUGUUUCAAUAGGAGAAGAUUACCCUGUUUCCUCUAAAGUUUAUUUGACAUCCUUAGUAAAAAUUAAAGUGAUAUUUUUUGGUAUAGCUGCUUUCUGAAACUUAUCAGUGGUUCAGAUUUCUGCAAAAUGACUGUUAAAUACUGAUAGAAUAGUUAUGGAAGCAUAUUACUAGAAACUAUGCCAAAAUUUUACAGUUGUGCAAAUUUGUGGCAUCUAAUCCACUGGUAGUGGUCUGUUGCUCUAGUUUAAGUUUGAAGGUGUGAUCUGACAUGUGCUGCUAUAGUGGCUCAAUAGGGGAAAUUAUUUUGUUAAUUUAAAAUGUUUUUAAAGUUCUAAGAGAAUUGUAGGUCUGAGAACCAAGUCCUUUGCACUGCUUUGCUGCAACAAAUUAUUGCAGUUUGGACUUUAAGAGUGCUGCAGAAGCAUAUGCAGUGUGUUCAGUUUCCAUAUCUGCUCUCUUAUGACUAGUCUUCUGUGACAAAUGCAGUUCUCUGUAAGAACAUUUAAUUUAAGAUUCCAGGACAUACAUGAAUCUAGAUAAUGUUUCUGUAAAGAGCCCAUGGAAAAAAAAAAAAAAAAAAACCAAAACAAAACUAAAAGAAAUAUAUCAAUGAAGACAAAAAAAAUUGAACUAAAAUAUAAAUUCCAUACUAUUUAUACUAUUUUACACAUACAUAUAUGCAUAUAUGGAUACAUGCAUACACUCUCUUGUGGCUCUCAUGUUUUUCAGCAGAUCUGCUUUGAAAAGCAGUGCAGAUGCAAUGGAGAUAGAGUGCAUUUCUUAUUGGGUGGCUAGCUCCCCACAGACAUGUGUAGUAGAGGAGAUGCAAGACAGAGAAAAGUUUUAUCAAAGGUAAUAAUUCUGGUGUGGGUAGGGCACUGCUACCCCUGCAGUAAGAUUCUGCCUCCUGUGUACAAUGCAGUGAGUCUGGAGGAUCUGCUGUAUGACAGGAAACUACAUUUCCUUAAAUAUAUAUUAAAAAAGGUAAUACUUCACCAGGCAAUGCAGAUUGCUCUGGUUCAGGUAUCUGAAAGUAUGAGAAAGUGAAUGUCUCUGCAGCAAUUCUGUUUUUUCCACUGGUCUUUGUAAUCACCAUGUAAGUAACUCUUUAUAUGUUUUUUCUUUGAAGUAAUUUUCCCAUUUGCAGAAUGCAUUGGAAACACAAACAAAAAGCAGCGUGAACGCUAGUCAAUGCUGCUGAUGCUUUUUUUGCUAAGGUUGGACUUUCAUUUGUGUCUCUCAAAUGUACAGUGCUUCUCUUUGAGAAUUUCAAAUGGAAGGGUCAACAAGCCAUGAUCUCCAAAUAAAACAAAUGCAUGAUUUUAUGGUGCUACUUGAUGGGUAUGUAAUGUUUUGUGCCUGUUGUGCAUCUGUGACAGCACUGCCAAAAUCUGUGGCCAGUGACAGCACAUUCACAUAAUGUGAGAUGUGACAGAAUAAUGCAGCACACCCCUUGCUUAUCUUGUAGCUUUCUCAAACAUUACUUUGGGAGAAAGGGCAAACCAAAUUUCAUUUUCAACCCCCUGUGAAGAAAGUGAAGGGAUGCAGGGAAGGUACAGGCAUAGAUGCAUGAAAUGAUCAGGACACAGAGUUGGGUGUUACACUUCACCUGGGGAAGGUUGUAGGUAAUGGCUUCUGUCUUCCAGAGAAAGGUUUUUCUUGAAUACGCAAGCUUUUGCAGAUUGUUGUGGGGUUUUUUUCCUUUCAGAACAUUCAGUCUUAUCUGUUUCAAACUUAUCUUAAACAUGGACUGUAAAGUGUUCUGUCUUCAUGGAGAUUGAUUCAACUAAAGAGCAAAAGGCCCAUAUGGAAAGAAAUAAUACAUUAAAGAAUUAUGAAUUACCUCUGUGUAAACAGAGCGGAUAUUAGUGCUGAUAGGGGUAAGGAGGAAUUGGUGUCAUUUACCUCUUCACUAAAACUUUAUAUCAGUUUCUUUCAAGUAGUUUACAACACUUUCUCACAAUCUCCCAUCUCCUCAUCUGUUAGAGAAGGGAAAUUGUGAUAAAACCUAUCUGAGUUGUACCUUCGCAGUGAGUUCAGUGAGCACCUGGGGGAAAGGGAGCUUCUGUGGCCAGAGAGAGCGCUUUCCCCCAGGACGCUGCUGGGUAUGUGGGGUUGGGGGGGAUCUUGCAACCUGUGGAUGGGAAUAGAAACAAACUUCCUGAUACUCCGAGGGGAUGUAGCACUGAGCUCACUGUGAUGGAAAAAUAAAUUUGCUAGGAAUUCAGAGCUUGCAGAUAACAGUAAAUUGAGCAAAGGGCACAAAAAACAAGGGGAAGGAGACUGAUUUACAUAUCAUAUUUGUUUCGAUUCUGUUUGCUUUCAUGUGUUUAGAAAAUAAUUAUUUCAGUACAAAUAUGUACAUUUGAAAGUCUCUUGGUUUUGUGUUUAAAAUAAUUUUUAUCAUCUUUGAUCUCAUUCGGGGGAGUGGUCUUAACAUAUUUAUCUGAAAGUUCGGACUGACUUUAGUUCCUAUUAGUGAAGUAUGGUAUCUGUUUUAUAAUGGAACAAUCCGGGAUGAAGAUCAGUUUAAUUACAUUAUAGGUAGAAAUUAAUCUUUCUUCUUUUCUUUUCACUGUAUGAAUGCUGCGCUUACUUCCUUCUGAGCCCUAGCAUAUAUAUGUGUCCUACAAUGUACAAUUGUUGUCUCACAGUGUCCCACAUGAGUGGUUUUUUUCCUAAGAAAUAGUUGGAAAGUUUAAUAUCCAAGCCUGUGUCUUUAUUCUUGGCACUAAAUCUCCAUGUUGUCAUCACUGAUAAAUCAUGUGAUAAAAAAGGUGGUUUUAUUGUUUAUUUAUUAUUCUAUUUUACUCUUCAAGGCCAAAUAUAAGUCUUUGAAUGCCUAGUGCCCAACUUCUUUAAUUGAGGUUCAAUACAUUGCCAUAAUACGUUUAUUCAGAAACAUGCUUCUUCUUCAGCAGUGUGUUGUAACGUAGCACGUAGCAGCAGCAUGCUGUAGAAUCAGUAUUUUGAUAGCUAAUUACUGUUCUUUAAAUUAAUAAAGACCACAGAAGAAGAACAAAUAUUUCCUAAUUCUGGCAUUCAAAUGCAAAGAUGUACUUUUUUGCCAGUCUUAACAACCCUAAAUUUGCUGCAUUAUUCUAGUUCAUGAGAACUGAAGAGCAAAGCUAGCAAAAAAAUGUAAGCUUUAUUUUUUUCAAAAAAUAAAGAAGAGCAGUAAAAACACUGAAGAUUAUAUGUGAUUAUGAAGAGAAUGUGUAUUUGAAAUCUUAAAAAAAAUGUUUAAUUUAAUAAUGAAUAAUAAUUAGGAGGUAGAGUCACUGGGUAAAUCUCACUUAUCCAGUGUAACUUAAGCAUUCAAAUAUAUUUCUUUGCACAGCACAAUCUCAUCAUCAUAGAAAAAAUAAUUUUGGAAUAGAUUAAUUGUAACUAAAAGUAUUUUCAUCAGUGUUCUGGAUUUUAAGUAAGGAGAAAUUGGUUGUACAUUGUCAUCAUCCUUGUGAGUUAAGACAGAAACGACAGUGACAGUAUGUGAGGAAGAACAGGAUUUACUUUCACAUCAUUUCUUUUUUAAGGAGAAAUGAAAAUUUCUAAGGUUUUAUGAGGGAACCUUAUUUUCAUUAUAGUUACGUGUUCUGGGGAUGGGAGGUUUGCUGACUUAAAAUAUUGCGAUAUAAUUUUUUUAAUGCACAAAACCUUUUAAUGAAAAAAAGCACCAGUCUAUGAAGGAGACUGAGCAGUUGUCAGAGAUCUGUGGUUACUGAACUCUAAGAAAGGGGUCUUAUUACAACUCAAUAUGAGGAAAAACCCUUAGCUUACAGCCAGCUGCAGAGACUAGAUUAUAAAAAUCUUUGGAAGCAAGUCAUGUGCUUAGUACAAUACAAAGCAGAGAGCUGUCACUCUGCUGCAGGCAGUGGGCAUACUGGGAUAGGUGAACUGAUUAAGCACUAGUCUGAUGUAAUCAUGCUGUUCAUGCUGUGUUACUGUUUGGUGCUGUAGAACAUAUUUUUGUGUUAAUAGUAUCACAGUUUCAAGGUACAUGGUAUCUUAUAAUACCAAAGCUAUUCACUGCCUGCUUGAGAUCCUGUUCUUUUGUUUCAUUGGUUGUUGUCCAGUCCUGCUAUGAUGCGUCACGCUGUUUUUACCUUCUGUCCCAUUUCUCUCAUAAGAAUUGGGGUCCCCUGACCAAAACCCCUAGCUCUGGCAGUGAUGUGAAUUGGUUGUGAAGAUGGACAGACAGAUGAACAGACAGAUAGAUAGUGUUCUAAUUUUCCUUUUUUUUUUCCACUAAGAGCCAUAGAUGCUGUUCAUGAGUUCAAAUGAAGCUCUGUGUCUCCUGAGGCAGAAAUGGUGCCAGCUAGGGAAGGCAGAUCAUGUGGCAAAGGGAGGAAGAGAGUAAGAGCAGGUCCUGGAGUGGAGCAGGGCACACAUCUUAGGGAGCUGGAAAAUAUGGUUCUCCACAGAGUGAAGGUCUACAGAAAACCAGAUUUGAUGGUCAAAAGGAAAUUAGUGGUGUAGAAAGAAGAGAUCUGCUCCUUCCUCCUUUCUGUAAUGUGUUCUAUAUUCUAAAAGACUCCAUAGAAAUGUCCUACCUGAUAUAAUUGUAAUAUUUCAUUAAAAAGAACCUAGAUUCAGACAUUAUCAACUAUAACUCCUACAGCUGACUCUGGUUUAAAAAAAUUUCAAGAAGACUUAGUCAAGUCUCAACCAAAGAACCUUAAAUACUUGGUAGAUGAAGUUGUAGAUUCUUAAUCAUGUGAAGGUACAGGCUGGUACAUGUGACUUCAACCAAUUUAAUUUGCAUUCAGUGCCUCAGGCCUGGCUGUGAAGUCUAUAUAAAUAAGUCUUAUGCUAUGAAGAACAUGCUUUUCUUCAUAUAACUAUCAUGUCUUCUAGCUUUCUCCAACUGCUUGAGGUUUUUUUUUUUAAAAAAAACCCAAACAAUUGCUUCCAUGUGUAUGUGAAAAGGAGACAUAAAAAUGUGUGAGCAUGUGAGAUGCAAAACUCUGAACUUUCCAGAAAUUCAUAGACAUUCCUUUAGGAGUUCCUCAUGCUAUUAGACCCAGAGAGCAGAAAAGAUGCUAGCAAAACCAGUCCAUGCAGAUUAUUUUCCCUAAAAAGCAGUACUUAGGGUUGUGUAGUUAGGGGUUUUUUUAAAUCAAAAUCUGGCUGCUCGGACAACUACGACUACAUUUUAAAUUGCUUAUUUUUCUGUGGGGGUAUGACUGUCUUAUUGCAGAAAUAACACAACUAUGUUGCAUUCCUCAGUGCGAUGGCUGUCCCAAAACAUAGAUAAAGAAAUAGAUUGAGCUUGUUUUAAGUACAUUUUGGAUGAUAAUUACUUGAGGAUACAAACACGAAUUGUGAGGCAUACUUGAAAUCUCACUUCUGAAUAAGUAGUCAACACUUAGAAUGCUUUCAAGCUUCCAAGACUAUUUGGUUUCUUUUGUGCUAUAGGCCAUAUAGUCUAGGAGUGAUGAAAUUUGCCAAUGAAUCAAUCCUAGUUGCAAGGUAGAAGAAAGAACGUAGCUCACCCUCCAGAAAACUAAGUUGAAUUAUGCUGUAGCUGAGGUUGUGCUGCAGAGAGCCACAUGCACUUCUGAUUGAAAUCCAGUAAGUAAAAUCCAUACUUCUUUUUUAAUACAUAAAUGUGUUACACCUUCUCUUUUGUAAUGGAUGUACAAUGGCUUGCAGUAAUAAAGCCAGGGUGACUUGGUCGUCCAGAUAGCAAGAUAUAAGAACUAUACUAGUUAUGCAUGCCUUGUAUAUUGGAAGCUGUUUUCCCAAAUCUUUGGAACAGUAUUCAUUUCACUCUUCCUCACAGUGCGGCAAGGAAUUUGCAAUUGGAGUUGCAGCUGAAGGGCAGAAGUGCCAGACCAGUUCUGCUAUGAGGACUUGCAGAAAAUAUUUUACAACUUUGUCUACAAUACUUCAUUUUGUUAAUUUUAAUAUAUUUCCUACUAAUAAGGAAUUAUAGAAAAGAGGGUGGUUCCACACAGUAUACAACUUUAAUCUGCAACAAAGCUUUCGGUUUCCUUACAGUUAUCAACUUCAUUUUCCACUCCAUUCUACUCUCUAAUCCCUGAUUGAUUGUUUAUACAUAUGUAUUAUUCUAUAUUUACUUUUAUCCCUGUGCAUUUUUAGUUUUCUGAAGAUAAUAUAGCUUAAAGUAUUUAUGAUUAAAGUUGUCCAAAUUAGAAAAUUCACUGUAGAGCACAUCUUCUGAUACGUACAUGAGAACAACUAAUGAUAAGAUAUAUUAAAUAGGAAGACAUAACAUUGUGAAGUAACAACAAAAUGGGACAGGAAAUGGCACUCAAACGAAACAAAGUCCUGCUGGGGCUGCAGCAUUCAUAUGGUUAGUAUUUGUAGAUUGUUGACCUAGGUUUGAAAAGGAGGUAGUGCAAAAAAGUACUCAAGCAAAACCUGAAUUCCUAAACAUUAUGCAAUUUUCUAACUCCAUUCUUGGAACUAUGAAGUUAAGAUAUGGGAAAGAAUAGGUAGAAUCUUAGCGAAGUGAUGAGAUUCAACAGCAUGGAACUAUGUCAGUAUGGCACAUAAAAGUCAAGGACCUCCAGAGGAGAAAGGUGUCUAAAAGGUACCUCUUUUUAAUUGAACAUAAUGUAUUAGAUAACGUAUUAGGAAGUUUAACUUCAAAAUUAAGAUAAAUUACAGGGUGAUUGUCACUGCCAAUGUAUAUAUAGCUCCCAGAAUACUGGGAAAUGUUACCAACUUUUCGCAGCAUGUAAGACAUUUCUUCUCAGCUGUCAGUUUGUGAGUAAAAUUAAUAUUAGAGACUUCUAAUGAAGAGCACUUAUACAGAUUAAGUUUAUUGUUAUAUAUGUUUAUUUGAUUUGAAGUUGAUGGUUGAACCUCUUUGGGGGGAACGCUGACUGCGAGUAUGUGUGUGAGAAAUUGCAUUCAUAAAUGUCUUCAAUGAAGCUGAAUACAGUCUUAAUAACAUCCUUCUAUCUCAUAAGUAGCAUGUGCACUGGAGAAUACUUUCCAUUUAAAAAGCUUCUAAAGCUCUUGGGGCAAAAUUGUAAGCCUUUAUCACUAAGCAAGCUCAAACUUUUAUGUGUAAAUAAAAAAAAAACAGCUUGGGCUUAUUUAUUUAUUUGUUCUUUUUAAAAACAUGCUCUUGGGAGAUAGCAAGUACCUUCAAAUAUCAUUACAGAAGCAAUGAAAUAGAUAUAAUAUUAAUAUAUCUUAAUGGCUUGGUAAGACAGCUGAAUCAUACUGAGGGAUGUGCUGAAGCUUUCAUUCAUCAUAAAGGAAGACAUUAAGCUCCAUGCAAAAUUCAUCUCAUGUUGACUCUUUCAAAGCUUAGCAGUAAUUUUUAGUGGUAUGUUUGUUUUACUUAUUUUUUAUUCAUUUUUUUUAUUUUCUUCAUUGUUAGUGUAAUUUGUUUUUUUCUUUCAGUUUUUCAGUGGAGCCAAUACCAGAAAAAGAGUAAAAAAAGGCAUAGGAAAUUGUCUUCUGAGGAUAUUUACCUUUGAUGGCAAAUUUAAGUCACUUCCUCUGAGCUCCAAAUAAGUAUACAACUUUGAACACUGAACUGUUUUCAAGCUUUUCUUAUCAGAAGACAUUAAAUCAUAUUUUAAUAUUUUCUUCUGCACAAUUCUACUAGUAAAUGGCUUCAAUUUAAAAGAACGUUAUUAAGAUUUAACAUUUAAUCUGAAAUACAAAAUAUUGUCUCUCAGAUAGAAGCAUUUUCAGAAAUGUAAUUGAGUCUGCAGUAUUUUUCAGUCUUGCCCCAUAGCUACGGCAGGUACUGUGGGUGGUUUACUGCAGCUUGCUAGAUGUUUUUUCUUGACUACAGUAGGUUUUAUAAUUUUGUAGAUUUUUUCAAUUUUUCUAUCAUUCAAAUAAAAUGCUAAUCUCUUUUUGUUUAGUAAAUGUACUCUUGGAGGUGAUUUCUGUUCUCUAAGAAUUAUGUUAUCAUUUGAGAGCAGUGACUUUCAACUGUAUUUUAUGUAAAAUUUACCCCUGAGUUAUCUUACGGUAAAUAGCAGUGAAUUCCACCUCCAGUAUACAUCCAAGUAUACUAGUUUGACAUAGCAAUGUUCAUGCAUCACACAUGACAUGUGGUUUAAAUGUAAUAAUUAGUGCUUUCACUAAGAAAAUAUGUUAAGAUGUUAAUAACAUAAAAAUUAUGCUCAAAGAAAUGCAGGCUUUUUUUUCAGCUGAUCCGAAUGAGAAACUGUGUAAUACUUAGCGUCUUUCUUGUCAUAGGUUUUGGAAGAACUUGGGCUGGGGCUUACACUUAUUCAUAUUACUUCAUGGAUUUUCUGGAAACAAGAACCACUCAUGUAUUGGUUGUAUAAGUUUUUCCUCAAUUAAAGGAGAAGUUUAAAUGGAAACUCAAACUACAAUGAAGUGGGAUCACUAAGUUGAUAACUCUCUCAAAAUCUCUUCACUGGCUUUUGUAGUUUCUGUACUGGAGUUAGAAACAUCUGUGUUGAUGUAAGUCCCAAACACCAGAAUAGUGUUGCAUAAAUAAAUCAUAUUUUCCAUAUUAAUAUUGCUCUUCACAUUGCAACUCGGGCAAAACUUUUCCCUAGGGAUCACUGAAAUUUUGUUUGAUACUUCAUGGUUUGUGCUGAAGCAACAAGCAUUACCUAGUCUGCACACAAAGCAGCAGCAGGCACUGACAUUUUGGCACAAGAAUUUUCUAAAUGUUAUGCUGUUGCUCUCCAUUUGAUGUUUUGAAGAUGCAGAUUUUUGCGUGCAAAUUCACAGAAUAACUGAAUUGAGUCUAUCUGCUAAUCUCAGAAGAGCUACACUACCUGAGGAUCUAAUCCAAAUACCUCAUAUGUAACGCUAGAUAAAUUUCAAUCCACUUUUUCUCUAUUGCAUGUUUUCAUUUUAAAUUUUGCUCUGUUCCUUCUUUUCUAUGAAAUGAUAAAGCAGAUCAUGAAGCAUCAUCAAAAGCUGGAUAGGCAUUCAUGUAUGUUCUGAGUACCUGCAAUUUUACACCUCUAGGGUAAGAGAAAUCUGUAUCAUGAUCCCCUUGGCAACUGUAAUCAUCCAGACAGUGUAUAGUUUACAUCAUUCCUAGACCAGAAUUUGCUACUUUGGGUCAUAUCUGAUGCACAGACAAAUUCAAAUGAUAGUCAAGGAUGGAAGAUACCAGAAUAUUUAGGGUUUUUAUUUGUUUAUUUGUUUGUUUCUUUGUUUUCUUAGAUAAAAGGAGAAUUCUACUCAUGAUUUUGAUUUAAAGACAUUGAAGACUGCAAGACAGUAGGGUCUAUAAAAUCAUACAUGCCAUGCCAUUUUUGAAACACAGUGUGUUGAAUAUUAGGUCCUUCUGCUAAAUCAUGUGUGAUCAGAUUUCUAGGGUUUGAAAAUGCUGUUUUCUGUUGUGUGGAAAUAUUUUUUUAACUUCUUACAGUAUCUACAACAACUAGGAGCCAAAGAUGUAAUCCUUAUCACAGGACUUCCAUAACACUUACACAUUGUUUAGCAUCAUUAUUUCUGCAUGGUACAAACGUUGUACUGCGUGCUUCCAGGUUUGUGGACUGGAAGAAUUCUCUCACUGCUGCUUUUCUUAGUGAGUCUAAUUGGAGUCAAAUACAAUUUAUUAUAAAGACAUGUGAUGUUUAAUGAUUAAAUGAUGGGACAUAGCAAUAGCCAGGGGAUUAAGUGGACAACAUUAUGUUAGCACACAUCUUAGAAAUUCUGUGAUUUGCAGGCAGAUGUCUAAUUUGCACCAUCAUAUGAUUUUCUAAUGUUUGUCUGACAGAGAGCAAGGGGGUAAACCUUGGGCUGUAAGUCUUUCUGAAAAUGAGAGAAUAAUACACUUUGAUGUUGCCAUUAUAACUCUUCAUGGCUGUAUCAUGAAGUCAAAAAUAUGCUAUGACCAAAUUUGUUGUGGGAGGUUGAUGUCCUUAAAUGUUUACUUGUUUCCUCUUUUAUCAAAGCUCCUGCCAAAUCCUGCUAGAAGUGAAAAAUUACAAAUACAUACACUAUUUCUGUAUUUCCACAGUAGUUAGAGAUCUUUUAAAUGAAAUCUGAUGAACAUAUAGGCACAAACACAUGUAAUCUGUGUUCUGUUACUGCAUGUGAAGCUUUAAAGCACGUUUGACAAUACAGCUAUUGAAUAGCACGUUGUUCAUAAUGGCCUCUUGAAAUUCUGGGAAGGUACAUAAUGUUCAGAUAGGAGAUAAUGUGUUUUCUUUAGUAGACAGAUACGUUUGAUAUCCUGUGGAACAUAUGGAAAAGUCACCAUGGCUUUUUUCUGACAAAAUUACUCUACAUUUUUGGACAGCAGUGCACAAGUACACACAUGCACACACACUUUCAAGAUGUAAUUUUGCCAAUAGCUAAGCUAAUGACUGCAAUUUUUUUGUUUGAUAAGUAACUAACUACUGAAGUUCAUGCCCAAACCCAAAAGGCAGUUUUGGGCUGGCUUACAAAAUCCUUAUGGUUACUUUGCAACAAGCAAGAAGGCUGUGGAGGAGCAGGAGGGCUCUGAAUCAGUACAUGACAGCAGCAGUGUCAGUUCAGCCAAAUAGGCUUCAUAUAAGUCACUGUGUUUAUAUGGGUAGCUCUGUAAAAUUAAUAUAUUUACUAAAAUGCAAUAACUGGCUGUUUCAUGGUCUGAUAUUAGCAUCUCCUUACAGCAGCUCCCCAGAGUGACGGAUUCUGUGACCAAUAUAUUCUCAGCUCUCUAGAACAAAAAAAAAUCAGCAGAAGUCAAUGGUGGCAAAGCAGGAGAACAGAACAGAGUGUUUUACUGGAGAUCAAUUGGCUGUUAUAAAAUAUGCAAGGAUUUUUUUUUCAUGCCUUUUAAAGGUAGCAUCUUAUACAGAGGAAGAAAAUUCCUUUUAAAAUUUAUGUCUGCUCUAGAAAUAUUAAAUAUAUUUCCCAAGGACUUAAUUGCGCAUUCCUCCAUUCAAAUAUUUCUGACUUCUGUUUCUGAAAGGGGAAAACCCCCACAAACUAGUAAUUCAGUGGUUGCUUAUAAAAUAAAUUAAUUAAUAUAUGCAAUAAAAUUAUCUUCCUAUGAGUGUUUGAGCAUACCCACUAGAAGAGUGAGAGGGAAACAUUUAUAGCACUGUUUGAAAAAAGCCAUUUUCCUGUUCAUAAAUUCAUUUUGUAAAUCUAGGAUAAAAAUGUUUCUUUUUAACAUUUACUUUUCUGAUGACACUUCUAAAGGCCUCAGGAGAGGGAUUCUUCCUUAUUAUUAUUGUAGAAAUUCCUAGCACAGAAAGACCCUCUUCUCAGUUAAGUAAAAGUUAUUGAAAGAAUAUACAUUUGUUACUUUAAAUGGAAAAUAUACUUGAAGUUCUAAUUCUGGAAAGCUUACUAAUUCACUGGCAAUGGUCAGAGAUUUUCAUUGGAAGAAUUAGGGAUAAAUACAAAGAAGAAAUUGAGUCAGUAUAGUCAUUAUCUGUAGUCAGAAAAAAAGGCAAUUUCUUCAUUGAAUUCAGAAUGCUUUGAGGUCAGAGGAGUUUUUUUCUUUGUGGUUUAGGUUUUUUUCUAUAAACAAGGAAAAAAAUGGAAGAUUUCAGUAUGAAUUUCUUGGUUCAGCAGGGUAGUUUCCUAGGGAAAUUCUUUAGUCUAAUGUCUUCACAGUUCUUUCAUCAGGAUGACUUAUUCUCCUAUUCAUAAGAGUGGCUGUAUUAUAAGCAUCUUUACCACAGGACAGUUUGGCUUAGCGGAGAGCUGAUAUGGCAUCAGUGUGACAUUGUUAUCAGUGGAAGACAAGGGUGCAUGCAAAACACUUGUAGCAAUGGCUGAGUGCAGUGCCUGUCCCAGAUGAUGUAGUUGCUGCCUGAAUAUAGCCCUGACUUCUUUUCCUUGUUAUUAUCAUCUUUCACAGCAGUGGGAGAGUGAAUAGCCAGAUGUACUACCUUUGAGUCUUUGCUUGCCUAGGGACAUCAGCCUUACAUACCUUUUUCCUCUUUUCCCAGGUAUUAAACACUGUGAAAGAAAUUUCUCCACUGCAGUUAAUGGAUACUACUGCUUAAACAUUAACAACUUCUUCGAUGAAAAAUGUUUGACCGGUUAUUAUAAAUUAUUUAAUGAGAUGCCUUAAACUAAAUAUGUGUGAUCCCCUCUAAUCCUCCUCUACACCAUCCUCCUUAGACUGCUGCUGUAAAACAUUAAAAGCCUUAUUUGUUAUAUGUUAAUUGGUAUUAAUGGGGUUAAUCUUUGCAAAGUAGAGAUUAUCUUGCUUUAGUCUGAUAUUCAAGGGAGAACUUAAUCAACCAAAGGCAAAAAAAGAAAAAAAAAAAAAAAGAUUAAAAACUUGCAUACAGAUGCAACCUGUUUUCCUGUUCCAUAGUCACAUGUGCAGAUGUUGGGCUGCAUUGCUCAUUUUCAGAAAUGAGUCUGAAAACCAGAGCUGCACUAGCCCUGCCCCCUAGCAAGGAGAGAUAAGAUGAGAGGAAAUCUGACAUGUAUUUACUUUUGCUUUACAUUUAUUGUACUUUACUAUUUUAUUUUUUCCAUCUUCAUAUUUCUUAAAAUCUCUAAGGUGGGAUUUUUGUCUCACAAAAGACAAAGGAAGAGAAAAGAGAGGUAUGGUUUUUAUGUGAAUUAUUCAGCUACUCUGCUGGAUAAAUAUAAUCAUAAUAGAAAAGUUUAUCCUAUCAAAAGUGAAAAAAUUAUUUUAUUCAAUGCAUGUUGUUACAGAAUAGGAUUUCUUGCCAAAUAUAUAUAUGUUUGCUAGAGAUAGAUAGCAUGUCCACAAAGGGGGAAGUAGUGACUGCAGGAUAUUCCAUACUUAAAAAGACUUUCCACACAGGCUUGUGCCUUUUUCGACUGUUUUUGUCUCCAACCUUCUUAGUCUCAGUGCUCACUAUCUGUUGGUUUGAAUUACCUAUCGUCUUCAUAUCACUAAUAUCUGCAUUCUCUUUUCUAAGAUCUGCAGUCCCCAGAAUUUAAAAGAACAUUUCUGUGGAAGUUCAAUUUCACACUGCAAUCAGGCUGAUUGUGCCUUUUUCCUUGAUGACUGAGUGAAAUUUCAAAGUAUCAUUUUAUAAAGCAAUUUAAUCUCAGUAGCUGGUUGGGAAAAUAACUGAAGCUAUGUGCAUGUUUUAGAAGGAAUAGUACUAUUUAGCUGUUCUCUAAUGUGUUGAUACUUGUUCAUUAAGCUAUUUGGGUUAGCAUAAGGUUUGUAUCUCCUUCCCUUGAGCUAGGGCUUCAGUACUCAGUGUGGAAGAAAUUUUUGGAAACAGCCUCAAUCUGGAUUUUGUUGGUUAUCGGCGGCUUCCCAUUGUUAUGGGAAGAGCCUUCAGUUUGGUGUGGAUCCUCUACCUUCUCUGAGCUUUCAUAAAUAUCAUUAAGGUCUUUUGUUUCUUGACAGCUAGGAGGUGUAAAAGCUCUGUGUUAGCUUGGAAUUUGACCAGGAAUGUAUUUUAAAAAAAUAUUUUAAUAACCUUGAUGAACAGCUCCCAGUGUCUUAUGAGUGCAGAGAUCAAGUUCAAAACUGAUUUCUCAUGAUGCAUAACAGUACCUCAAAUUAAACAGAAAGAAAUAACGGUUAAAAACAUUUUCCAUCCAUUAUGCAUGACAAUGAUACAGACAUUCAAAAUUGAUUUUUACAAUAAUGGCAUGUUUAAUUCAUUUUACUAAUGCCUUCAUGUAAACUACAAUUCCAGCUUGCUAGUGUCUUCAUGUAAUACACAAUUCCAAUCUAUACCAAGAAUAACACAAUCUUAGUGUGAACAGAACUUCAUAUCCAUCUCUAAAUUACAGCAUACUUGAUGCUACAGGAGGUAAUUUGAAAUAAACCCUUACAUUCUUUAAGAUUCUGUAAGACACUAGCAUUCAGAAAGCUAAAUUUGAAGCAAAUUUUUUUAAAGCACAAAGAUGUUUUCCAUUUUUUCUUAAGUGUUAAGAAAAUACUUUUUUCCCUGAAUUUGACAUUACUGCUCCAAGAAAUUCACCAAAUAGUUCUCAGUUUGCAUAGUUAGAGCUCCAAUUAUCAUAGCACUUUUGAAUUAAUGAUAAAAGAAGCAGCUGCAUUUAGUGCCCACCCCUCAAUCACCAAAAAAACCCUCUAAGAGGUAUUUUGUCCUGGGAGAACAGUUUGCUUCCGGUGUUUAUUUUGAUCAGAUGCUGGAUACUUUUCAAAUAUAUCCACCAUAAUAAGCAACUGGUUGUUUCCUUUGAAUAUAUUAACAUAAACAACACGCCACUAGGACUUUUUAGACCACUGUAAAAAUGACCAUACCUUUUAACCUGGUGGUUUCUCUUGGCAGAGCUAGUAGCAGAUGCCUGCAAAAAAAAUACUGUUGGAAAACAGAAAAAUAACAGUAGCAUAGAAAAAAAACGCUUUCCUCAAGCUUAUAUUCUAAGCUACGUGUAAUAGGCAGCUUGGGCAUCCCAGCAUCAGAGGUAGCAACUGCAUUAUGUUAAUUAUGUUCAUAUGCCUUACUUCCAUGAACCUCUCUAGCCACUUUCUAAAUACAUUUGGAUUUUGUAACAUCCCGUGGCAAUGUGUUUAAUAAUAUAAUUAUAUAUAGUGUGAAAAAGUACAUCUGUUCAUCUGUUUGUUUUAUACCUGCUGCCUAAUAAUUUCAUAUAAUGUCUUCUAGUUUCCUUCUUAUCUGGAAAAAAUGAAUUAACUUGCCAAUUUGUCUUCUUCAUGCCAUUCAUGGUUUCACUAUUUUUUCAUAUAUAUUCAUCAUUGACCCCCCUCCAAACCGAAGAAUUGUUUAAUUAAUUUUUCUGUUUUCAACCAAUGCCAUACUUCAGACCAUCAUUGCUCCAUUGUCUGUUCUAGGAGCUUUCCUAGGAACUGUUCCAGAUCUCCAAUAUGCUUAAGAUGAGGCAAUGAAAAAAAGAAAAUAUUAUUCCAGGUGUUCAUUUAACACAGAUUCAUACAAUGGAACAAUAGUGCUUCCUGUUUUCUCUGUGUAUUUCCUAGUAACUUUGAACAGCUGAGUGGUGCAGUUGCCUCACCAGAAGAACGGGAUGUCAUCCAGAGGGACCUGGACAACCUGGAGAAGUGGGCCUGUGAGAACCUCAUGAGGUUCAACAAGGCCAAAUGCAAGGUCCUACACCUGGAUCAGAAUAAUCUGCAGUUUCAACACAGGAUGAGGGAUGACUUGAUUGAGAGCAGCCCUGCAGAGAAGGACUUGGGGUGCUGGUUGAUGAGAAGUUCGACAUGAGCCGGCAAUGUGUGCUCACAGCUCAGAAAGCCAACCAUAUCCUGGGCUGCACCAAAGUGUGGCCAGCAGGUUGUGGGACGUGAUUCUGCCCCUCUACUCUACUCUUGUGACACCCCAUCUGGAGUACUGUGUCCAGUUCUGGAAUCUUCAACAUAAGAAGGAUUUAAACUGUUGGAACGGGUCCAGAGGAGGGCCACGAAGAUUAUCAGAGGGUUGGAGCACCUCUGCUAUGAGGACAGGCUGAGAGUUGGUGUUGAUCAGCCUGGAGAAGAGAAGGCUCUGAGAAGACCUUAUAGCGACCUUCCUGUACAUGAAAUGGGGUGUACAAGAAAGCCGGAGUGGGACUCUUUACAAAGACAUGUAGUGAUAGGACUAGGGGCAAUGGCUAUAAAUUGGAGGGGUAAGAUUUAGACUAGAGAGUAGGAAGAAAUUCUUCAUCAUGAGAGUGGUGAGGCACUGGAACAUGUUGCCCAGGGAAGUUGUGGAUGCCCCACCCCUGGGAGUGUUCGAGGCCAGGUUAGAUGGGGCCUUGAGCAGGCUGGUCUAGUGGCAUGUGUCCCUGCCUGUGGCAGGGGCAUAGGAAUUAGAUGAUCUUCAAGGUUCUUUCCAACCCAAACCAUUCUAUGGUUCUAUGAUUCAAUGAUUCUUAUUGCUGUUUAGCUGAAUGCUUUCAGCUGGCGAUUUCAAAAACUUAACCAAUGCUGACACAGAGAUUUUUCUCCUGAACAGCAGCAAAUCAUUUUGAGUCUGUUACUGUGUAUGUUUACUUAGAGUAGUUCCUUCUCCAUGUGGAUUACUUUGCAUACUAUUGCUAGUUUUACAGUGCAUAUUCAUAAUUCAGGUUGACUACACAAUAAUGUUUUCCAUAAAGUAGCUGUGUGACCCCAAGGAGAUGUAUGCAUUAAACCCCAGCAAGUCAUUUUCUGUAAGCUGCUGAAUAGACAUUAGAUGAAAAUAACUCCUGCUCUCUGUUCAUUGGACUAAUUUCAAACCCAUGUCAUGGGAUUAAAAUGCUCUGUAUCUUGUUACAAGUCCCUGGAGUUUACCCAGUCAAAUCCAUUUGUGAUUCAAAAUUUAUUUAUCUUGAAGGAUGUGCUUUGCUUCUCAUAGAACUGAAAACAAAUAAGGCUUCUAAUAAUUUUUUCCACAUGAGUUCUAAAGGAAGGUAAAUAAAAGUCCCCAAUCUUACUGUCAAGAAACAAACAGAUACUGAUACCAAAGCGUCAAGUGAAACUGUACUUAUUUCUCACCACAACUUCAUGAAAGCACGUAAACUAACAUUAAGAUAAAGCUUAAUUUGAUGCUCUCUUGACAAAACACUGUUGGCGACUGUCUGAGCACCCUGGCUGUUAUUCAAGCCUCUGAACACAGUACAGGAGACGGAAGCCUUUGAAAUUAUUUUUACUCUCCAAAUGAGGCAAAGAAGACCUAUCUGACCUGAAUUUAUGAUGAAUAUUGCUUAUCAAUGUUAGCAUUAGUUUUCUGAGAAUAAACAAAGCUGCAAAAUGUAGAACACAGUUGUAUUCCCAAAGGUGUGUUGGCAUUUCUGACACAUUCAAUUAUGUGCAUUUCAGCUGCAUUGCUUUAAUUAUAAAAAGUAAGAUCAAAAGACUUGAAAAAUAUAUAAAUCCAAAGAAUCUAUGAAGUCAAAUUGUUUUCUCAGAAUAAUAUGCUGCCACUGUUUAACACGGAAUUACCUCUAAAAAUCCAUUAUGCAUUUGCUCCUUCUUUAUCUGCCUUUAAAGCAGUCAUGUCAGAUAUGUGUGUGUAUGGAUAUAUAAACACACUAUAAGUGUAUAAAACCAAACCCAAAUAUAUAUAUAUAUGAAUCUAUACAUAAGAUAGGCUCUCCUGAGAUAAGAACCGCUCCAUGAAAAAGUUAGAAAGCUCCACUGUUCUUCUGUUAUAUGUUCUUUUAAUAAAAUUGUUGUAGUACAAUUAAACACCACAAUCUGUUUGUGUAGCUACACAUAAAUAAAAUGCUGGCAUAGUGCUAAUUAACCUUACUUUCACCCCAGAUUUAAAUUGAGUAAAUGCUUUGUAAAGGGAAGCCUAUCUCCUGACUUGCCUGUUUUACAGCUCCUGAGGAAGAUCCAUUUUCUUCUGCAAAUUUAAAGUGAAAGUAUAUCGAUCUGAGCUGUUUGAGUCAGCGGUAUCUUUAAUCAGUUCAAAGGUCAUAUGAGUGUUUCUACAGCAUGUACGGCAACUGCUUUAACUAAUAUUUAUUGAAGCCAAUCACCGUUCGUCGUCAAAAUUUCACUGAGGUUUGUGCUGCGGAGGAGAAACAGCAGAUUUUCCCGUGUGGCUCAUUGAAGUCAUUCUUGUUUGCCUAUUAACCCCUACGACAACAAAAUAUUAAAGUUGUCCCAAGAGUAGUAUGUAUUUUUCAGCAUUUCAUAUUGUUUUGGAGAAUGUACUUGUCUUUCUAAAGUAUCCUAAUAUACUGGGUUUUGAAGCUACAGCUAAGGUGGGAACAAUUCUUACUGGAAACAUCAGGAUUUUUGCCACUAAAAAACAAUAGCAUGCUUGAUGUUGUAAAGCAGAUACGUACAAUUCCUGCUCAGGAAGGAUUUGUUAUCUAAGUCCUGAGCCACUGCAUGUAUGAUUUUCGAGGAUGUUAGGGCCAACUGUCAUAAUCUCACUCACCUUAGGAAGGCAGGCAGAAUUCCAGUUGAAAUUUUGGCCUCAUUUAUUCCAAAUAAACUUCGUGUGCUCCCACACUGGCUGUUGAGAUAUAUUUUGUCAUUCUGUACUUAAGAGAUCUGAUAUAAUAUGUUCUUAGAGGGUAGAAUAUCAUGCCUGCAAGGUGUCAAGCUCUCAUAUUUUACACUUCCCCUAUAGCAACUUAUUCAUCACUUUGUUGUGCAAUGCAAUCUGGACAUUUCUUUAUAUCUAAACCUGCUACUAAAAAGGAUAGUGACUUUGUUUAGAGAUCUCCGAUACAUACUUAGCUUAAGUAUGUGCCUACCCUAUCAUUUCAGUUUGGAUCAUUAGUAGGUUUUGAAGGCAGUUUCUCAGUCAGAAUAAUUUCAGUCGAAAGAUAUUCUCCAGGAGGAAACCCGUAACUCCAGCUGCUGGUUCAUGCUCAUUCUGUGGGAAAAGGCUAGAGUCAACUCAGACAAAAUCCCAUUUGUAAUGGCACUGUGAAUCCUCAGCAUCAACUAUCUUGCUUUAGUCUACUCUUCUUGCCAGCCCGAGAGUCCUAAUAAAAAUCACACAGUGGGAUAUUAACAAAAGGUUUUAAAUAUAUAUUUAAAUGAUAAACAAUCUUGUCAUAAACAAUAUUCAAGACAGUGAAAAUCAAUGUGAAUUUCCCAACCUUCUUUUAAAGAUAACUGUUCAUUAUUAAAAAGUGUUUCAGUACUUUAAUCCAAAGUAUUGUAGCUAAUACAAGCGCUGAAACCUUACUGAAAAAAAGGCAAUAUCAUAACAUUUUUUUAUUAAAAAGCAAAUCCAUUUUACAUUUUGUCUGAGGCUGGACUGCAAAAUUUGCUGAGCAUGCAUUGUUUUUCUCAGACAGUGAUAAUUAAACAACCUGACUUAGGUAUACGGUUAUUCUUAUGAAAAAAGCUGCUUAACGAUUUCAUAUAUUACACAAAUUGUCUAAAAACAUGCUAAUACAGAACUAUUCAGACGUGAUUAGUUUUAGAUUAUUUUUUAAUCAUUGUCAGAUAAGUUUGCUCCACAAAGCUUAAUCCAACAUGGGGGAAUGAAGUUGGAAAAGACUGUAACCUGUCAAGGUGAAGAGGCUAUUGAAAAAUCACAUACCAUUUCAGACCGUAGCAGGAAAAGUAGUUUCAGAACCAGCAGAGAAGUAUUGAUAACACUGUACAGAUCACUAAGAAGAACAUGUCCAUGACUGCUAAAUUCAGAGAAGAGCGGGUAAAGACAAGACCAAAUAAACUGAUCAAGAGAACAAAGAGCCUGUUCUAUGGACUAGAGAAAAGCAUGAUGUUUAACCUUGAUGAAGGGUGAGAAAAGAGAUGCUUGCUUACUAUGAAUGACUCAGAAGGUACACAGCAGAGACGAAGAAAGCUGUUUAAGCUUAAGGAAAAUUUCAGCUCUAGAAUAAAUGGAGAUAUACUGGCUAAGAUUGAAUUUAGCCCAUAAGAAGGCUGGAAUGAGGCAUUCUCACGUUUGGAAAGGAGAAGCAGAGAAAAUAAUAUAACUGAUUAAAAGACAGAGCUUAAAUUAUUUCUGAAUGAGAAGCCACAAGGAAGUCACAGACCUUCAAUUUUCCAUCUUCUUGAUUAGAGGCUAAAGACAGUCUGGAGCUACAAAGAACUCUACAGAACUUUCAUUAUGAAUGUUUUUCCAUAAACAUUUGCAGCCUCACAGAAUGCUAAAGGUUCUAUUCAGAAUUCACAAAGAUUCUGAAAGCUGUGUAUAAAUUGGAAAAUAAUAUGGCUGAACUUAAAUGUGUUAUGCAUUUUGACAACAAAUUAUAGAUAAUAUCAAACUUUUUAGGUGCUUAAACAUUUCCAUCUUAUUAUUAUAAAGAAUUUUACUUCAAC